AUGGCCACUUCCUCUGCUGGCUUUCAACUUCGAACUCUCGUCGAGGAAGAAACGCCCUCCCACUACUUUGAUGACGAUUCCUCAGAUGAUGCGCCCAUGGUCGGCGGCUUCAAUACCAAGCCCACUGGCAGGGCUGGAAAGCCAUCCUCGACUUCUAGUGCGAGAAAUGCGAAGAAUAGGUCCGUCCUACUGCGGGGAACCAGUUUAAGGGUCAUUUCCGACCGGAAGGACUUGCCAUCAGGGCAAUCGUCGCCAUCCAACUGGGAUCCUCCACCAUCCGACGACUCCUUCACUGGUUUGGGUAAAGGAUCGCAUUUCAGCUCCCUUCCCAAACCUGAACCUCCUCCCAACUACUUCUCACGUCGUGAUGUCAGUGAUUUGGCUCCAGAUAUUGGGGACCCAGAGGCACCAGAACCAUCCGGCUCAUCAAACAGCUCAUCUCCAAUUAUCUCGUCUUCCAAAAGGUUGCCACCAUCUCCCAGCGAGGCCUCCCACGGCUCUCACCCACGACAUCCUUCCAACGCGGUGCCCGGUUCAUCCCUGCAAUCAUGGAGCUCCUUAAGAGCACGCGUCUCCACCCCGACCAGAAGCACCAUCCCUGGUUCCUUCAUCUCUGAUUCGGAAGGCUCAGAUUAUUGUCAUAUCAAUGAUCCUGAUCCACCGAAGACAAAAUAUUCGGAUAACAUGACCAAGCGUCUCACAGAACUUGCUGCACAGCGUCGAAGAGAGAUCCAGGCUGCUCAGCAACGGAAGGCGUCUGGGAGUCGCGGGAGCACUCCUUCCAACAAUGACGAUAAGCGGAAACGCGCCCCAGAGCCAGACGCUGCGCUGAAGGAAGAAUAUGAACAUGCCUUGGACGCGCUCGAGUCGACCCAAGAAGAGCGGGAUCAACUUGUCGCAGAGAAAGCCCAACUCGAGCAGCAGGUCAGGCUCCUCAAACAGCAGAUAAAUGACUUCUCAGUCGUCGUGGAGGACCAUGAGAAGGAUAAAGUUCAUCUUAGGAGACAAGUGAAGCAACUCCGCCACGUCGUGCAGACACAAUACGAAGAACCCAUGGUGCUACACGACCAACUCGACCAGGCGCACUACAAACUUCGCAAGGCCGAGCGCCGCAACCGAUACGUCGACGAUACGGAUCGCUGGAAGGCCGACGCGAAGUACAGGAAGAAGCAGAAGGACGUCGGCGCUCUCGUCUUUGGAUUUUCCUAUGCUCCAGAUGAACACAAAGACGACAUCCUGAGGGAACGAAAAGGGGCGCAAGGCCUUGUCGCCAAAUCCGUCACCGAAGUCACUAGCAUGAUGAACCAGUUCAACCACGACAUCUUCCAAACCUCCGCCCACCUGUCCAAGUUCAUCACUAACAGAGGCAGUCGAUACGCCUCGGUGUCGACAGGUGUAAACGACCGCGCUAGAAAGGUGUUGGGAGUACGGGCCGUAGAGACUAUAUUGACGAACAUCCCCACCACGGCGAUGCUGAACCCUCUGCUCAUUCAAAUCGUCCUCCAGAUCUUUCUAGUAUUUUGGUGCAACUCUAUCAUCGAAGCCUGGUAUCCCAAGCAGGCCACCUUUGCGGAAUUUCUCGUUGACGUUUGUUCGAAGCUUAAAGUUGGAGGUAAGCUAUCCAACUACAUUGCCAUGGGCGCCUCCCCUUAUCCUUCCCUAUCAGAUAGCCACAACAUCUGCGGGGCCAAAACCACCAUCACUCAAAUUCACACCCGGGAUUCGGUUAAUAUGUUCAGCGAUUGGGCUCAAGAUAUAAUUGACGACCUCCACGAGAUUCUGUCCGUCUUUGGAUGGGCAAUCGCUGGCUACCAGGCUGAUGCACUCGGAAGACGUGGCCCUGAUGAGGCUCGCAACUCCCUUGUCAGCCUCGUCAAAGUCGCCUACGACCUCCGCACUGCCAUGGCUGAAAUCAGCACCUCGGGCGACGUCGACCUCGCCAUCAUCUCCUGCGACACGCCGUUCAAUUCUGCUGUAAUGGAAGACGAAUUCGAGGAUAAACGCAAGUCUGUCGUCAAGAAGAGAUCGGUAGAGCCCGAUGAUUCGGAUGACGAGCUUGAAUUUAUGGGAAAUAGAACGAAGGGCUUUGUCGAGCGUGUUGUGGGUACGACGGGGAUUGGGUUGCAGAAGGAGGUGAUGAAGCCCCAUAAUCUUCUUGGAGUGAUGAAGCGGGAUAUCGAGAUGGUGCUGAAGCCCCGAGUUGUACUCGAGCAAAGUCUACUCGAGGCUCUGGAUACAGUCUGA